GCAAUUUCUGUUUUGUAGUCUAUCACCACUGAACCUGCACCAGAAGCUGAAGAACCAGAGAUUCCCCAGGAGGUGGAGUGUCCAAUGUGUGGACAGCAGUUCUCCCUCUCCCAGAUCGAGAUGCAUGCUGCGUACUGUGAUGGAGAAAAGCAGGAAACAGGUUAGCAGCAAUCUAAUUCUACUAAUAAUGAGUGCAAAUUAAAAAAAAAUAGCUUGUUUAUAUUAGUGACGUUAAUCCUAUGUGUAAGGCAUGCCCUGGAAACAUUGCAGAUGUUUUGAUCUUCUGAAUGCUAUUAUUGUUGUAUAGUUAGUUUGAUCGUUCAUGUAAUAAUAUUGUUCUAUAGUCUUAAGGAGCAGGCGCAAAUUGACUCAGAGGAAUCUUGCUGGCCCAAGUAAUCUUCUUCCCAACCCAGACUUUGGCAAGUAAGUAGGUAUGCAGACUAUUUAAUGUUUCUUCUAUAUUUUGUAAAUAUGUGUCAUGAAGUCAGAAUUAUGGAAAUGUCUAUGUAAAGGGACUAUUUUACUUCUAGUAGGAGUUAAAUCUGCUAGACAGGUCUGUUGUAUGCUUAGCUUGUGUAAACCACUGUAAGGCAUCUACAAUUUUUGUUUAGCAGUCAUCUUAGACCGAUAUCAAAAAGAAACUCUUCAAUUAAAUAUAUAUCUAAUAUUGAUAAAAACAGUAGACCAGUAGAUAAAAUAAAUAAAAAUAACUUCUGGAUCAACAAGAAAAUAACAAUGAUUGCAACUCAAUUAGCAUGUCUAAAAUAAUAUCCAAUUUAAAAUAUUUAGUCUACAAUGCACACCGAAACAGAUAUAUGUAGUACUUUUGUAUGUGUAUAUACUCAUGUUAAACUUUAUAUAGCGAAUUUGGAGAUCACCUGUAUGUAAUUCCUUUCAGGUUCCAAAGCUUUUCAAUGGAUGAACUCGUGGCAUCCUUAUAUUAAUAACUGCAGAACGUGUUCCCUCUUCUAUAUAUUUGUCUGAGUCUAACUUGGCCUUCUGUGUAUAAUAGUUUGAUUUAUUGUGAUUGGUUUGUUGAUGGGACAUUGAAAUGGGUGUCUGCUAUUUAGUAGAUCAUCUUCUUUGAUAUUGGGUAAACGUUUAAUAAAUGUCUAAGGAGCACUCCAAGCACCAUAACCACUACAGAUAACUGUAGAGGCUAUGGUACCAGCAGUGCUCUAGCAUCCUCCUAGGGAGCUACUUAAUGGAACACCUCAUGGUUAGGAAUACAAAGCUGUAUUCCUAACACUAUGUUCCUCAAACUCUGUGAAACUCCUUAAGUAUAGAAACUCUAGAAGCAGUCUUAGUACUGUAGUGUAAACAUUGCAGUUUCUCUAAAACUGUGAUGUCUUAUAUUGCAGGACUAAGAGGGACAGGGACCCAGAUGACUUCAGUGAGACAAAGAAGUUUAGGGUGCCUAUUGUGCCUAUUUAAGCGCUCCGUCAGAGCUAAUGCUCCCAUACAUUGUUCUAUCACCAAUUGCCAACUAUAAAUGCAUGCACAAGCAGUGCUUGUGGUAAUGACAAUGCAUCAUUGCUGUAAAUAUACACUAAAGAAUGUCAUGACCUGUGACCUUAAAGGACCACUCUAGGCACCCAGACCACUUCAGCUUAAUGAAGUGGUCUGGGUGCCAGGUCCUUCUAGGGUUAACCCAUUUUUUCAUAAUUAUAGCAGUUUCAGAGAAACUGCUAUAAUUAUGAAUGGGUUAAGCCUUCCCCCUAAUCCUCUAGUGGAUGUCUCAUUGACAGCCACUAGAGGCGCUUGCGUGCUUCUCACUGUGAAAAUCACAGUAAGAGCACGCCAGCGUCCAUAGGAAAGCAUUGUAAAUGCUUUCCUAUGAGACUGGCUGAAUGCGCGCGCAGCUCUUGCCGCGCGUGCGCAUUCUGCCGGCGGGGCGUAACGGAGGCGGAGAGGAGGAGGACAGCUCUCCGCCCAGCGCUGGAAAAAGGUAAGUUUAAACACCUUUCCCCCUUCCAGAGCCGGGCGGGAGGGGGUCCCUGAGGGUGGGGGCACCCUCAGGGCACUAUAGUGCCAGGAAAACGAGUAUGUUUUCCUGGCACUAUAGUGGUCCUUUAAGUGAUUUAAACCCCAGAUGAUACUGGUAAGGUUAUCCUGCAACCAUGGAACUUCAUGAUGAAAGGAUACUUCUUAGCACACCCAGUCUUAGACACCACCACAGGGAUAGGCAACCUUCAGCACUCCAGAUGUUGUGGACUGCAUCCCUCAUAAUGCUCUUACACACAAUGCUGGCGAAGCAUCAUGGGAGGUGUAGUCCAAAACAUCUGCAGUGCCAAAGGUUGCCUAUGCCUGCUACUACCACAUAAGUGGUUUUAGUCUACUUUUUUUGGGGUGUAUGCAGGUUCGGGUGAACUCAAAGUGCAUCAUAUGGAAGUGUGAUGAUGAAAUUGAUUACAGUACAUAGUUUUUAGUUUCUGUUGAAAUUAAACUAUUGACAUAUAUCCUUUUCUACAUUGUAUUAUAUUGGUUUGUACAAUAUUCUUGCUACCAACUACGUAAAUAAAUAUUUUUACUAAUUAUGUAAAUAAAUAUUUUGGUUACCAGCUAAACGCAAAUAGGUUGGUGAAUACAGCUAUACUAAAUUAAUUUUAAACAUCUAUAAUACCUAAAGGACACCAAAAACAAACUUCAUUUAAUCUUUUCCUUUUUUUUUUUCUCCUGUGCACUCAGUUUUUCUUCGUAAAAUACAUAAAGAAAAGUAGGGGCUAUUUUUCCUCAUGUAUGGCAGUCAAGUUUACAAACCUUGAUAAUGGGACCAGCUUAAAGCAAUGUACUAUUUCAGUUACCAAUCAAAUUCACCUACAGUUCAUCAGUAAAAUCAAUUCCACAGCAAACAUCAUGGGCAGAGGAGAACAAAAUGGCUGUGCCCACAUAUUAACAUCCGGCAUGAGAAAGAAAAGAUGUUAAGUAUAAAUAGAGGCAGGUGGCGAGUGUAAUCAUUAAGCUACAUAAAAGGAAAACUAAAAGAAAAUGACAGGGUAGCUUUAAACUGAAAUAAUUUAAAUAAUGAGUCAGAAGCCGUUAACUGAAAUAACAUUUUAUUCUAUACGGCUAUUGAGUUAAAUAAAAGAAGCAGACAAUUUUGCAAAGCAGAAAUUCCACUUGAGGGCAGCCAACCCUUACUUGUUGACAAGAUUGGGUGCACUGAUGUGAGUUUACUUGGCAUUGUGGAUAUGGUCUGCCACAAUGGGACCAGUCCGGUAUGACAUGUAAAUACUUUCUCUCUAGUGGAAUUUGCAAACUAAAACUUUUUUAUUUUGUAUUUUAAAACUGUUUUCACAUUUUUGUCCUGUAGCACAACCCUGUUUGAGCCAUAAGUUUUAAAAAGCUUUUGAAUACUAAUUCAAGUAUUCACAUGCUGCACAGAAUUAAUUUUGCUUUGUUAAACAUGUAAUUGACAUUCUAAGUACUUGACUGCAUUGUUGGAAGUCUUUGACUUCCAGCAUUUUAAGUUAAUAGUGUCAAUGUGCUUCCGUUGAAGUAGGUAAGAAUAGCACUUAUGAUAUAACAACAUCACUUCAAUGUUCUCACAGUAACAGAUAAGGAUAUGAAACUCUAGUAAAAGAAGUCUUUACUUUUAUGCAAGGUUUCAAAGUUAGGUAACGGUAAGCUUGUUGUAUACUUGUGCAGAUCGAGAGGGCCUUAAAUCUAAAAUAAAAAAGCAACACUCCAAAGUUGGAAAUUCUUUCAUUUGUAACUCUGGAAUGUUCAUUUUAUCUUCAUAUGUAUUUAGUUUUUGUUUUUUUAAUUAUUUAAGGUUUAUGAAUGAAUUCUAAAAAAAAUAAAUAGCUCUCUUUUAUAUAGCAAUGAUUUAUCAUAGUAGAUUUGAGACCACAAGUGCUCAUGUCUGAUUUUUGUUAGUGGUUCAGUCUUUCUUGUGAAAUUUCCUGAUUACCGGACUUAUAAGGAAGGGAAACGGUGAAGGAGUAGAUGCACCAGGAAGACCACAAAGGUUGAAACACGUUGUGCUUGGACUACUAGUCUCUAUACAAGUUUGCUUUUGCACUUGUUUUUAAAAACAUUUUUUUAACUAAAAUAAUCUGGAAUACUCUUUAUUGCUGAGAAAGGAGUGGGGCAGAUUGCCUGUGGAGUACAUUAACCAACACCUUUUUAGCCAGAGCCUGCUACAUGUGGCUCUGGGUAUUGUGAGUGCCUUUUUUUGCUUGUAAUUUACACCUGCCACUAAAGGAUAACUGCUUCCAGUAGACAUUUCAGUAUUGUUACUCCUGUCACAUAUGGAGUUUGUUACUUUUGUAACAAGCACAAUCCUAUGUUCAUCCUGCUAUCAUAUACUGCACUAUACGGCAUUUCAGAAUGUUUGCAAACAAUAGGCACCAAGAUACUUCCAGGUGGCAGAACGCAAGCGGCUUCCACUGACUUGAAUGAACUAAACAUAUUAUUUGAACAUUUGUAAAGAUAUGAGGCACUCGAGAUCAGCAAGAAUCAUGAGAUUAAAGAGGAAGCUUUAACUGAUCAGAGUUAUCGACUUCGCUGGACAACAUAUACAGGAGUAUAAAUCAGAUUGGGGCAUGUUGCUAUGCUAUGCUGUGCAUCAGAUUAACCGGUAGAAAGAUGAAACAGGGAUAUGUUAUGACAGACAUGGUUACCUAGGAGGUUUUCACAGGCUUGUGUGCUCAGUAUGAAAGAUAAGUCUAGGCUAAACAAUACUGAAGAGCAUUAGGUGUGCCAGAGAAAAUUUAACAAAUUGCGUUUUUCCCCCAUCUCUUGCGCCGUCCAGGAGUUUAUUCAGCCAAUUCCUGCUGAGGUUGUAUAAUAGUUCUGCUUCCCAGCAAGGCAGUGCAAGCCUUUGGGCCCAGAUGUUGUCAGACUGGGUAGGUCAGCUUGCAGGGUCAGGAUCGUGCUCAGACUGCUGGCUUGGAAACCUGGCAGGUGGAGUAAGUAGGCUUGUCGGGUCUGGUAGCGUUGGAUCGUGGCAGUCUGAUCGGCGGGAGCACAGUGACGCACCACAUCGAUAUAUGCUAGUCCAAAGAUACUGUGGUGCCUAUGCCCCCACUCGACGAAGAGGUAGGAGAGACUGCAGGCAGACACACGCGGCACAGAACCAGCUAACCAGACCCAGCAGACAUACCCUCGGGCCUAUCCAGACAGCUGGCACUUGAUGCACAACAUUGCUCCCUCUCUCAGAUCUGACCCGCAGCACCUCCACGGUGGCACCGCGACAUUCACUAGCCAGACCACAGCAGUAUAGAACCAAACAGCCAGAGGGUAUCGGCUGAGGCGAACUCUUUACCACAGGGGGACUUUACUGCCUUCAGCCUCCACAAUGCGGACUCUUAAGUAGAGGGGGGGGGGUUAGGGGUGUCUGUACACUAUAUGCUUGCUUUUCUCAAAAACCAUCCCUUUUUAGAUAGCAAAAGUAAUAAAUACAAUCAAAAUAACGCUGAAAUGUAAACUUCACUUUUCAGAACAUUAGUGGACUAAACCUGUCUAAAACAGAUUAUAUUUAUCGAAGUAAUUUUCAAAUUUAAUGUUUAAAGUAUCUGGACUGGAAAGAUUCUUUAAACCCUGAGAGUAUAAUCAUACAACCGUCAUGAAGAAGAUUCUAAGGUGUAUUGUACAUUUGCUUUGAGAAUAAGUCACUGAGGGAAUUUUUAAUAUUUAAUGGACUGUGCAUACGCUGGGCCUUGCAUGCCACCAUACUGUAUUUGAACGUGUCUCUAUGUAGCUAUUGUCAUCUCCUCAAUUCUUUCUUUAUAUGGCCAAAUUUGUUUUGUUUUUGAAUUAGAGCAACACUUUAGUGUUAGGAAUACAAAGAUGUAUUCUUAUCAUUAACAUGUUCCUCAGCACCUGCACCUUGGCAGCGAGUGUUGCGAGCAAAUUCGGCCUUCCCCAUAGAAAUGAUUGACUUUGUUGCUUUCCUAUGGGAUUUUCUCUGAGGCUGGAUGUCCAGCGUCAUAUCACGGUGUCAAACUCCUUAAAAUUCAAGGAAACGCCUCUAGUAGCGAUCUGGUAGACAGCCACUAGAAGUCGUCUUAGUACAGCAAUGUAAAUGUUGCAGUUUCUCUAAAACUAUGAUUUCCAUUGCAGGGCUAAGGGGGAUAGGGACACUGCACCCAGACCACUUCAAUGAGAUUAAGUGGUCUGGUUGCCUAUAGUGUCCUUUUAAGGAAAUAUUUGCGUGGAAAAGUUUGAAAUAUUCUAUUUAAUAUAGUCCUAAAUUGCACUAGUGACCUUGUUUUCCACCUGAUGCUAUUUGACAGAUUUGAAAAAUGCUACUUGUGCAAGACUGUGGUUCAACUGGAAGAUUAUCAGACACAUGUGGAUAAUUGCUUAAAAAUGGCCACACUGGAGACCCCAAGAAGCCGUAGGUUGAGGAGCACCAAAGUGAGUGUCUGUUGUAGUCUGUCCCAACUUCAAAACAUAACACUAGUCAUGAAAACGUUUUCGUUAAGCAUAUGGCAGAAACCAGCAGAUAGACGACAUGCAGAGUUUCGUUCCACUGGUAAAGAACUCUGUGGGACUGGACCUCAUAAUAUUAGAAUUUCAUUAUGUAUGUACCCAGUUGCGUAUGAUUAUUCAGUCCACCAUACCUAUUACUUGGGGGGGUCCCUUUUUUUUGUUUUUGGUGUGUUUUAUUCUCCAGUAAAAUAAAACAUUGAUAUCCUUGUGGAAUUGCACACAAAGGCUACUUCACGAUUUGUUAAAUAACAAAUUGUCUUUAAUAUCUUUUACCUGCUUGUUAUCAGUAAUGUAUUUGUAUCUACUGUAAACGUAUCUUGUUUAAAAUUAUAUUAAAAAAAAAAAAAUUCUGUCAUCACACACAAUUUUGUUGCCCCUGUAAUUUUGAAUGCUCCUUAUAAUGACCACCAAUUGGACUAGAGCAUAUGAUUUAUUUAUAAAAUAUUUUACCAGGAUGGAUACAUGGUUUUCAAGUAUGUCCUGGGUCCACAAAACAUUGCAUUGUUACAUUUUUUUAUAAUUGAAUUAAUAUCUUGCUGGAAAGUAAUCCUUCCAUAUUAGCAGCAGUUGCUUUAGUGUUUGUAUACUAGACAGUUAUUUUUAAGGGGUUGGCUUUAACUAUUUAUGAAAUAUAAAAUUCUAACCAUUUCUGUCUUCAUGCACAAAGUGAUGAAGGUAAUUCCAUCUCCUCAUUCAGAGGCUUUACAAGAAGACCACAAACUGGAAUGGCGCUCAUACUUCUGUCUGUAGCUCCAUUCAGAAAAGUAGGAAUGAAGUUGUCUGUUAGCUAAUUUGCUUGGGCAGCACUCCCAUUCGCUUUUCUGAUUAAUGGAACCACUGUAAAUUGCUAAAGUUCAUAUCCUGCAGAUGUCUCCUGAGCAGGUUUUUUUCAUAUUAUUAUUAUUGUUAUUAUAUGGAACACAUUAAAUAACGUAUUGGUCAAAUAUAAUAACUUAAAAUAAGUGAGUCAAUAUAAGAUGGACCUGUGUGCAUGUUGUGUGUUAUUGUUCAGAAAUGUCAUUGGUUCAGAUUAUAUAAUGGUGGAUCCCAGCUUACGCUUGACCUUUUUGUUUUUGCGGUCUUUUUAUAACAGCAGGAAUCAAAAGGGCAAAAUGGCAGACUGCUGAGUAUGCUGGAUAAGUCUGAAGCAAUAACAUCAGGUAUGAUACAUAAUGUGAAUGAGUAAACAGGAAUGUAUUUUUAUGCAAGGAUUUGGAACUGACCUUUUGUUUUUAACCUGAUAAAUUCAUUAACGGGCUUCCAGUAAAACUGUUAUAAAUAAGAAAGUGGAUUUUGAACACUAUAUUGUAUUCUGAUACUGAAAAGAAAGGCACAUGGAAAUUAGAUGAGAAAACAAAUUCAAAGUACCAUCUUCAUAUUGGUUACAUUUAAUACAUAAAUUGAGAUUUGCAGAUUUAGUUGUAGUCACAGAACAUAUAAAAAAUGAACAUUUUGAAAUCAGCACAAUAAAUACAGUCAGUCGUUCUAAAACUGUUUCUUGGGACUGUUUAAUGGCGGGAGUUUCAGCGGCUCCAAGAAAUGUGAGUAUAUGUAUUUUUCAUCCUGUUCUUGGCUGUCACAUCUUUCUUUUUGUGUGCUGUGAGAUCUGCUAUGUGAUUUUUCUGUACAGUACUGCCUUACACUGUCGAGAGACAUUUGCUACAUUCCACCAGCAGUAAAAGAGGACACAGGAAGUGACAAUGAAGUCACUCUGAUUCGUUGAGUCCAGCUAGAAAAAUCAUUUCACAUUACAAUGUUUACAAAUAUAUUAAACAUCCAGGUCUAGUUCUGCCCUGGGUGAUCUAGUAGUAGGUAAUACAAAUGAGCAAUAAGUGCAGUUCAGCUUAAACUUUCUGGAGUUUUCCCAAAGUAUUUACCUUACUUCCCAACAGUAGUAAAAUUACAUUUUGGAUUCCGCUUAUGUGUUUCCCUUUAAGGCAGCAAUGUUCCUCAUCCUAUUUGUAAGUCUUUGUGCGUACACACAUUUAGUCGCUUUAAGGAUAAAUGGCUUGAAGGAAGAGUGCAGCAUAUUACUCUUUUUGCUGCACAUAGAACAUAGAGUUGUUAUGAUCUCUGCCUGUCUACAUACUAAACAGCUAUCACGUGCAGUGAGAAAUCACUGCGAGUCACAUUGCUGCCUUUGUUAAAUUUUUCAGGAGAUUUAGUUUAAAAUAAGGUAUGUGUUUUUAUAUGCAUUUUGGGAGACAGAUCCACAUCUCCUGAUUUUUAUUCUCCUCCCACCACCACCCCCCUAUAAAUUAUAGUGCCAGAAAAACAAAGCCAUCCUAAAGUGCCACCCUCCUGCGUCGCUGAAGGGGUUAAAACUACAUCAGUCUCUUUUCUGAAUCCAGCGCUGAUGUCCCUCGACGCUGGUUCAGGCUCUGCCCACGCUCCUCCCCCAGCCAUGUGAGCCGACAGGGGAGACCUCAUGCGCAUGCGCUGUAAUGGCUGCGCUCGCAUUAGGAUUUCCCCAUGGGAAAGCAUUAUUCAGUGCAUUCCUAUGGGGGAAAAAUGGAUGCUGGAUGUACUCAUCCAGAGCGUGAGGACAUCCAGCGUCAGAUAACGGACCAAAAGUCUGUUUAAAACCAGGAAGCCCUCUUGUGAUUGUCUGGUAGACAGCCAGUGGAGGUGGAGUUAACACUGAUUAGUAAUUAUUACAGUUUCUCAACUGCAAUAAUUAAUAUUGCAUGGUUAAGGGACAUGGGAUAUUGCACCUAAACCACUUCAAUGAGCUGAAGUGCUCUGGGUGCCUACAUUGUCCCUUUAAACAUUUGGAAUUUCAAUUAUCACAUGGGUAUUUAUUGGCAGCAUGCUGCGUUGUUCCCUGUCAUUGCUAUGUGCAAAAAAUGCAUGGGUAGCCUGGCCUCUUCUUUUUUGUAAGUGCAGGUCUGACUAAUAACUGCUGCAGAGUUUGCUGACCUGAUCCAAUUCUCCUCCACUCACUCUGGUGGAACUCUGAUGGCAUUGGUCUCUACAUGUUUUCACUGUGCAAACUAGCUCUUUCUGUGUUCUGUGUAAAAGGUCUUGUUGAGGGAGUGCAGUAGGAAUAAUAUUUUAUAUAUUGUCUUGCUCCUUCGACAGACAUCAACACCUCAAAAGAUAUUUGUACAUAAGUGAUUGACUGCUGCACAUCACCUAAUCCACUUAGUCAAACUGUGACAUCCAAAUGUGAUUUUUUUUGUUGUUGUCAUUCUUUGUUUUAUUAAGGCAUACUUUUGACAAACAGAAUAGUAAUGCAAUAGUAACAGUUUCAUUAUAAACAAGGAGUUAAUAUCACAUGAAUGAUGACUUUAGUCUGCAAAAAUGCUUAUCAAAUGUGAUCUUGAUUAUGAAUUAAUUGAUAUUGUUAAUGUGAAAAUGAAACUUCCACCUUAGCAUGUUUGCCAAGCAAGGGGAAGUUUUCUCUAACAGCUUGACCAAGAACUGGAGGACAGUGUGGUGUGUAGUUUUUCUGGUUCUUUUUAAGUACCACUUUUUGAUAUGGACCAUUGUGCUGGGAAGGCAUAUAAUACUGAAGAUAUUCACUAAUCAGGGAAUUUUAGAGAAAUUGCAAGACUUGGCCCAUUCAUCCAUGGUGCUAAAAUAGUGCAGCACCAACUAAACCCCCCACCCCUCUUCCCCAUAUCCUGUAAAUAAGCUCUUUUGGCCUAAAUUUUGCAGUUUGGUUUUCUGUUCAGUGGACUUCACAUUUAAGUGAAUAAAUCAUGUAGAACAGGCUGUUUUUGAAUGUGCGAUAUGAUGCAGUUAAUAUUACUUAUGACAGUACUAAAUAAGGGAUUUAUGACACUGUAUUGCAUAUUUUUUCCCUUAUACAUGAUCUUACUGGGGGAUUUUCAAAUUAUUAUUUUUUAGGAAUGUGCAUUAACGAGCCUCUUUAGUGUUCAUUUGAGUAAAGAGUUUGCGUUUAGAUAGGCAAUACAUUUAUGUGCACACCAGACUGAUUUUAUUUUUUUUUUAUUUUUUUUAAAUGCAUCCGUUUUACAGGAGCACACAGCAGUCUCCCAGAGGUGGAUUGUAUGAGGUGAGUGUUGCGGUCCCUUUGCUGGUCCAUCAUUAAGCGUGACGUCUAACGUUUAGUACUGCCUCUUUUAUCGCCUGCAUACAAUUAAUGAUGUAUGAGUCUACAACCCUAAACCUGUAACUUUGCUACCAUAUUUUUCAAUAUGUACCAUUCUUUGCAGAUGUUAUGUUUUGUUCCUGUUUUUAUCCUAGUUACCGUAUAUACAGUAUAUAAGACAAGUUUUUUGGCACUUUUUUUGUGUUCAAAAAGCCUCCUCGUCCUAUACUCGAGUCAUGGUCUGUAUUAUGGCAAAUUACAUUGCCAUAAUACAAACAUGACAUGUUGGGGGCCGGAGCAAGCUGUUACUUACCUUUACAGCUGCUCCGGUCAGCUCCCAGCACCUCCGCGCGGCACCUCUGUGCUGCUCCCAGUGUAAAUCUCGCAAGACUUACACUGGGAGAAGACCGCGUGUAGGUAGGAGGGUAAUUGUUAACGGCCGUCCCCCUGCACAGCCCCCCCUGCCCCUGAAAAGCCCCCCCUUGCCCCUGAAAAGCCCCCCCUGCACAGACCCCCCUGCCUCUCGCGAGCUGAGUGUUGCCGCAGUUACCAUGGCAAUGCUCCGAAUCUCACGAGAGUGAACACUAGCCUCAGGAGCUGCUAGAGUUCACUCUAACCACUGGGACCACCAGGGAUUGCCCUCCUACCUCCACAGACCCACAAUAAUUACCCCCUACACACACACACACACACACACACACACACACACACUGCCCCCUUACGCACACUCACAUCCUUCACAAACACAAUGCACUUUGUACACACUGCACCCCACACAUUGCUCCCCUCACACACACAUACAUUGCACCCCUUUCAAAAACACUACCUCACCUAUGCCCUACUAUAAAGCUGCACAGCUUCUCAACCUACUGUAAUUCUUUCAAAAUUCAAUUCUCAUAUGUUAUAAAACAAUUUUUUUUAUUUUUUACCUAGGAUUUCACCUCCCAGAGAAGAAAAUAAUGAAAGUAUGAAUAAUGAGGAUUUGACAGUCAGCGAUUCUCCAAUCAGAUCAUUUGUUUCCAUUUCAGAGGCCACAGAUUGCCUUGUCGACUUUAAGAAGCAGUUCAGUCGACAGCCAGGUGGUGGAGGUCCCAGACGCCAUGCAAAAGGUCAGCCAAGUGGUGGAGGCCCCAGACGCCAUGCAAAAGGUCGAUGGAGGAAGCGGUGAUGAAAGGGGGAAAAACCCUAUAAACGACAAAAACCACUUUGUGAUGAAGCCAGAUUUUUUUUUACCCAGGGACCAGUGAACUCUUUCUCUUUUGUGGCUCAUAGCUUAGAACUUUGGUUCAAAUAUAUUUAUAUAUUUUAUUUGACAUAAAAAACAAAAGAACUGUAUAUAAAAUAGAUAAUGCAGAACUUUUUAUUGUGAAUCGUCUUUAUGAAUUAUAUUGCAUAGAAUUUUCACUUGAGUAUUUUCUGAUGCCGGGUGUUUUCCAAGUAGGGGAGACAUAAUAAUGAUUUUCCAGAAAAGUUAUUUUUUUCUUUACAUUCCCAUGCAAAGUCAAAACAAAGCUUUGCAUCAUAGCAGUGCAUUAAAAAGCUGUGUAAUAUUGGGGUACGGUGUGUGAAAACUUUUUUUCUUCUUUUUAUAUAAGUUUUUAUUUUUGUUUUCCAAUACAACAAGAGAAGAUAUGCCAAAGUUACAUAUAUGUACAUGUCACAGAAGACACAAAAUGAAACCACGCAAAUCAAUGAACAGAACAGAGUUUGAAAAUAUGAUGGGGUCGAGGUUUCGCCCAUGUUAGUAAGGGUGUAAAGAACCCCCCCCUCCCUCAGGGACCACUAAACCAUCCAACAUGUCAAGGGAGUAUUUAAAAAAAAAAAAGUCUUAACACAAUGUGUAUUAUUUUAGUUUAAGUGCCUGCAAAGGUAGAAUUAUGUGUUUUAUGUUCAUGUAUGUUAAACGAGUUUUAUAUACUUGUCAAUUAAGUUAUCUUGUAUACACUGAGAAUAACCUGGUGUCCUAGAUUUUUAGAAAUAAGUAUCUGUUAAAAAAGAAACGUCAAUUUCUAUUACCAUCAAAGCAGCACAGCUUAUUUUUCUUCAGUUAUUCACUUCACAAUUAUUUUGACUAUUUGUUAAGGUAUAUGGUUAUUUAAAAACAUUUUGUGGUUUAACACUUUCAUUUCAUUUUUGAAUAUUGUCUGGGGGUUUUCUCCUUUUUUUAAUUUAUUUUUCCCCCAGAUAUUUUCCAUAUUAAUAAUGUCUGCAUUUGAAAAAUGUAAAAUCAUCUAUUAAUUCCCAUUACUCCAUCAGGACAUGGGUUAGAUAUAUCCUGACAAUAUUGUCCAAUCACCUAUCAGGAAUGGAUUAAACAGCCAUGUAAUAAAUGAUCACUGCAGUGGCUAAACCACAUACUUUCAGUGAAGGGAGACAACUUUGUUGUUGUUGCUUUGAGAGUGCACCCCACAAAAUGUAUUAUAAAUAUUUUAUAUAUUUUUUUAUUUUUUUCCCCUCUUUUGGUUUUUCUUUUAUUAUCCUUAUCAGACUCUCCAGAUUAGUUAAUAACACCUUAAUAUAUUAAUCUAAGAAAGACCACAUGCCUGAAAGAAUUUAAAGAAUUGUUCUUUGUGGCUGAUGAUGGGCACAAUAAUUGAACUGUCUGAACAUGUAAACUGCACAGGUCAGAUUAAUUACCAGUUUUCAGUGUACUUUUCAGAGCAAACACUAUUGAAUAUGUGCAUUUUGAAUGAACUGUGCCAUUGAUUUGAGUUAGCGUUACAACUGCCAGUUUUUAAAUUUAAUUCAUUUUCCUAAUUUAUAAAUAUUAUUAAAGGUACUUUUGUUGUCUAUACAAAUUGAUGGCAUGACUACUUAAGUUGGUCACUUUUCAGACGUAAUUCUAACUGAUAUAUAUCUAACGUUCUCUUUGCUGUAAACUAUGUGAAAGCUGUAGAUAAGCAGGCCUUCUGGGGGUGUGUAGUUAAGCAUUCAAUAUCCGGGGAACUGCUUGCUUCUGUCCCCAUGUAGAUGAUGGUUUUCCUGGUCCUAUGAGUGGAGCCAUGGAAGCAACCAUGAUUGCUCAUGGCCAAAUCACUGACUUUAAAAUAAAGCUGUGUAGGUCCCACCAUGCUUCCAAGAGAGAUGAGAUAGUUUAUACAUAUCCCAACACACACAAUGCACAAGUACACGGGCAAGCAGAUGAAACUUAUGCUAACGUUUUAGUUUUUUAAUAUUCUUUAAUACUUUUGCUAAAGUAUACAGUGCAUAUCAAAUACAAGGACAAUCAAGGGAAACCAAUAAAGUCUCUCAUACUCAGAAAAGGCAUCCGAUUAAGUGAAUUUCUACUGUUAGACGUCAUGUCGCAAGAUGAGGAGGAUAGCGAAGAGUGUGGGGGUGGAAUUACAACACCACACCAUAAUAUUCUGUGUAGUCGGAGACCAAGGACCUCUCUCAGCACAGGUGCCUUUUAAUAUAUUCAAUCUGAGUGCCAACGUACGGGAAGACAUAUCACCCCGUCAUACAAAAAAGCUGUCAUAGCUCCCAUAGUACCUGUGUCUUCAUCCCUUUCCACCCACUGGGAACAAUGGUAGACAACCAGAGGACAAGGAGUAAAGACUUGGCAGCAUUAGGGUCUUUUAAGACACUUCUUGUAAGUAGAAACACAGUAAAAAUGUUUGUUAAAGUGGGCUGAUAGCGGUAAAAAAAUGUUUUUGCGCAAAAUGCUAUGGUUAUAAAUAACUAGGAGGAGGGACACAGAACAAUGUUGUCCCAUAACCUUGUUUAAGCCUUAUAUCUGCAAUGCAACCAUAUAUUUGUCAAAACCUAUUCCAUGUAAAGAAUAACAUGAGAAGUUAAAUGUGAGAUUUCUCCAGUAAAGCACUAUUUUUCUCAUACCAAAUUA